CCGACCAAAUUAUCUCCCCCAGUAGCGGCAGCCACUGGCUUCCGAGGAAAAACCGAUGUCCCCCUCUGAGCCUGUAGAGAACCUCGUCCAGCAGCCUCUCCCAGCCUGGCAAGUACCUUUCCCUACCACUAAGUAACUGCGCAGAGGUGGGAAAGUGCCUUGGGAACAUCUGCGGAGAAGCAGAUGUCGGGUGAAAUCUUCUCGCCUCUGGAGAGCCUCGCUGCCCUGGAUGCCUCAAAUGGCCAUCCUCUCGUCUGCUUCCUAUGCCAUGGGCAAUACGAGCACCCGUGCCUGCUAGAUUGUUACCACAACUUCUGUGCCAGCUGCCUGCGGGGCCGGGCCGUAGAUGGCCGUCUAGCCUGCCCGCUUUGUGGCCACCAGUCCGUGGUGAAGGGAGCCAAUGGGCUGCCGCCUGUGGACCGGCUUCUGCAGUUCCUGGUGGAUGGCUCCUCUGAGGGCGAAGAGGCUGUGCGCUGUGCCAACUGCGAUCUGGAAUGCCCAAGCCAGGAUGCAGAGACCACCUACUUCUGCAAUACCUGUGGUCAGCCACUCUGUGCUCACUGCCGGGAGGAGACUCACAAGGCCAAGAUGUUCUCGCUCCACGACAUUGUGGCUCUGGGCAAACGUACCAAGGACACCCACAAGAAGUGUUCCUUGCAUGGUGAGCCUUACAUUAUGUUCUCCACUGACAAGAAGUCCAUGCUGUGUAUUCGAUGCUUCCGGGACAUGCAGGGGGAAAGCCGGGCUCACUGUAUCGACAUAGAGACAGCCUACGUGCAAGGCUGUGAGAAGUUGGACCAGACUGUCAUGGCCGUGAAGGCUUUGCAGACUUCCACUCGGGAGGCAAUCACCCUGCUGCAGACCAUGGUGGAGGAGGUGAGGCGCAGCGCAGCCGAGGAGGAGACUGCCAUCCACACCCUCUUCAGUAGCAUGCAGGAGAAGCUGAUGGAGAGGAAAGCAUUGUUACUGAAGACAGUGCGGAGCCAGUAUGAAGAGAAAGACAAGGCCUUCAAGGAUCAGCUCUCCCACCUGGUAUCCCUGCUGCCCACACUGCAGGUCCACCUGGUCACCUGCUCGGCUUUCCUCAGCUCAGCCAACAAGGCAGAAUUCCUGGACCUGGGAUAUGAACUGAUGGAGCGCUUACAGGGUAUCGUCUCCCGGCCCCACCGCCUGCAGCCAGUGCAGAGCAGUAAGAUCACCAGCGACCACCGCGCUGAGUUCGCCCGCUGUCUGGAGCCGCUGCUGCUGCUAGGUGCGCGCAGGGCGCCGGCGACCGGGGCUGCAGCCACCAUGCUUUCUGGGUGUUCAACUACAAAGGCCCUGCUUAGUUCUGGCUGCCCAUCCCCAGGUGGAAAGAUGUCUGGGUCACCUAUCCACAAGCCCACACUGCACCGAUCCAUCAGCACUAAGGUGCUGCUGGCUGAGGGAUGUGACACCCUCUUCACAGAGCAUUGCCGUCACUACGAGGAGGCAUACAAGACCCUGCAAUCUGAGAUUCAGAACCUGAAGGACCAAGUACAAGAAUUACAUCGGGACCUCACCAAGCACCAUUCCCUCAUCAAGGCAGAGAUUAUGAGCGACAUCCUGCAGAAAUCCCUACAGGUGGAUGGGCAUAUCGCUUCCAAGUACGCCUCGGUAGAAAUGAUGAGGCCAGUCUUUGAAGAGACAUGGGAGGAAACCUAUCAGAGAGUGGCAAAUGAGCAAGAAAUUUAUGAAGCCCAGCUCUACGAUUUGUUCCAGCUGAGACAAGAGAACAGCUAUUUGAUCAGUAUCACCAAGCAGAUCACCCCUUAUGUCCGUUCCAUUGCUAAGGUGAAGGAAAGGCUAGAACCCAGAUUCCAAGAACCUAUUGAUGAGCAGUCGGAGAAUUUGCAAAAAAUAUAUGAAGACAUGGUGGUGAUCAAUGAGAAUCAAACCAGAAAUGAGCCAACUAGUAGUUCUGAAGAGAAGAGAGAAGACGCUGGAGUCCAACAAAGGGGACAACCUAAUUCUGAACAGACUCCCAGAAAAACUCCCGAAAAAUAACAGCCAUUAAAGAGAUCCAAAGAGAAAUAUGGGAUAGAUACCACCACUAGCAAAGAAUCCACAGCUUAGCAAAAGAGACUUGUAUUAUCAGGUUGGUUUGGUUGUUUUUUUUUUAAGUAGAUUCAAAGUUUCCUUCCAUCACACUUAGCAAAUAUAACGGAUAAUUUUGCCAAAAAUAAAUUGUGGACUUAGCUAUCA